AUGUCUCUGCGUCCGUCUACUGCUCCUCUGCGUGCCCCUUUGCCUUCUCCUCCUGCUUCCUCUCUUCCUGCUCUUGCCGACCCGGAGUCGGACUCUCUUCGUGCUGCCAGUCCUACUGUCACGCGUCUCCUUGCUACUGCCGUCACUGACCCUUCUUUCGAGUCUACUGCUGCGUCUGCCCUUGUUACUGAGCUCGUCGACUUUGCUGCUCGCUGUCGUCUAGACUACGCUGCUAGUCUUGUCGCUGAGUCUGAGUUUGCCUGUCCUUCGUCCGUCGGGGGUGAGUGUACCCUUGGCACGGACGUCCUUGAGGGAGACCCGGAUGCACUUGACAUCCCGACUCCGCGCUCUUACGCGGAGGCGAUAGAGGGUCCCUACUCCUCUCAGUGGCAGGCAGCUAUGGAUGCAGAGAUGGCUUCCUGGAAGUCCACAGGCACCUACGUUGACGCUGUCCCCCCUCCUGGGGCGAACAUCGUCAGUGGCAUGUGGAUCUUCAGGGUGAAGCGGCCACUGGGUUCUCCGCCUGUCUUCAAGGCGCGUUACGUGGCUUGUGGCUUCAGUCAGCGGCAGGGAGUUGACUACUUUCAGACCUUCUCCCCCACCCCGAAGAUGACCACUCUUCGGGUACUGCUGCACGUUGCUGCUCACCGUGACUACGAGCUGCACUCUCUCGACUUCAGCACUGCUUUCUUGCAGGGCAGCCUGCACGAGGAGAUCUGGCUGCGCCGCCCACCUGGCUUCACUGGGUCUUUCCCUCCUGGUACCCUGCGGAGUCUCCGGCGUCCAGUCUACGGUCUCCGCCAGGCGCCGCGUGAGUGGCAUGACACACUGAGGACUACGCUGGCGGCACUUGGGUUUGCUCCUUCCACUGCAGACCCGUCGCUGUUUCUGCGCACCGACACCUCUCUGCCGCCGUUCUACAUCCUCGUGUACGUCGACGACUUGGUCUUUGCCACAGCUGACACUGCUGGACUCGCCUACGUGAAGUCCGAGCUGCAGAAGAGACACACGUGCACUGACCUGGGUGAACUGCGCAGCUACCUUGGCUUGCAGAUCACCCGGGACAGAGCACGCCGCACCAUUACCCUGACUCAGUCACACAUGGUGCAGCAGGUCCUUCAGCGCUUCGGCUUCACGUACUCCUCGCCUCAGGCCACUCCUCUGCCUACUCGCCACUCGCUCUCAGCUCUGCCUUCGGAUGAGUCAGUAGAGUCGAGUGGCCCGUAUCCAGAGCUUGUUGGCUGCCUCAUGUACCUGAUGACCUGCACUCGACCUGACCUUGCAUACCCUCUUAGCAUUCUCGCACGCUAUGUUGCUCCUGGGAGACAUCGACCAGAGCACAUGGCUGCAGCGACGAGGGUGUUGCGCUACUUGUGCAGUACGUCGGGCAUGGGGCUAGUGCUUGGAGGGCGGAGUCCAGUGGUCCUCACUGGGCAUGCGGACGCUUCCUGGGCUGACGACCAGGCUACGCAGCGGUCGUCACAGGGUUACACCUUCAGUCUUGGUUCCGGCUCUGUUUCGUGGUGGGCCACCCGCUCGUCUUCUAUUCUCGGCUCCAGUUGUGAGGCUGAGAUCUACGCCGGGGCUAUGGCUGCCCAGGAGCUUCGCUGGCUCACCUACCUGCUGACCGACCUUGGAGAGCCGCCUCGUUCUCCUCCAGUCCUGUACGUAGACAACAAGGCCAUGCUGGCCUUGUGUCGAGAGCAGCGACUGGAGCACAGGACAAAGCACAUUGCUCUCUGCUACUUUCUUGCUCGUGAGCUACAGCAGCGUGGACAGUUGCGACUUGCAUACGUGGCCUCUGAGGCCAACACUGCUGAUGUCUUCACCAAGGCACUUGCACCUUGUGAUCAUCAGCGUUUCUGCACGCAGCUGGGUCUUGUGCCUGUCUUGCCUCACUUGCUCACUUCUUGA